AUGGAGUUCAUCACCGAGGAGAUGCACGACAGCUUCCGCUCCUCGCGCCUCGAGUUCGUCAAGAUCGACGAGACCAACGAGCAGCUCAAGGCCUUUAUCCGCAAGAUCGAAACGCCUUUUGUGCAGGCCCUCGCGUCCUCGUCCAUGCCCAUGCCCUACGGCAAAGUCGACGUCGACCGCAUCGUCGGCCUCAUGUCCAAGGCGCUCCUCGGCGCGGCCAUCUACCUCCUCCCCAGCGAAGAGGCAGCAACAACGACAACAUCAAAAACAACUGAGCUUACCGGGGACAAUGCGGCACAGGGCGCAAAGACAGCAACAGCUGGCGGCGGCAGCAAUGGCGUGCUCAUCGGCACCAUCUGCCUCGGUUGGGGCGGCUUCACGCCCGCGCUCGUCACCAACCGCAGCGCAACCAUUGGCAUUGCGCUCGCGCGCCAGUACCAGAACAAUGGCUACGGGCGCGAGGCGAUCAAUUGGAUGCUCGACUGGGCGUUUCGGCACGGGGGGCUGCACACGGUGCGCAUCGGCACGUUUUCGUACAACGAGCGCGCGGCGCAUUUGUAUAAGAGCAUUGGGUUUACGCUGGACGGGCGGAUGCGCGACGCGCGGCGGUUUAAUAGGCAGUGGUAUGACGAGCUGCUGUUUUCGAUGACGGAGGAUGAGUGGGAGCGGCUCCGGGGUGUUGGUGGAACAACGCUGGAGGAGAAGCCGGUCUGA